ACUCUGCCGCUGCAGCCUGUGCCCACCUCCGUCGGGCCCUUCCCCACUGGAUCCCGGCUCUACCGUUCGGCCAUGGCGCGAGCACUCUUCCGCUUCAGCCUCUACCGCCACCGGAUCCCCAGCCGUCCAUGGUGCGGGCACUCCGCCGAUGCAGCCUGCGCCCACCUCGCUCGGCCCCUUCCCCGCUGGAUCCUAGCUCCAUCGUUCGGCCAUGGCGCGAGCACUCUUCCGACCUCCGGAUCCCUGGUCGUCCACGGCGCGGGCACUCCGCCGCUGCAGCCGGGCCCUUCCCCAAGCUCCACCACCGCCGGAUCCUGGCUCCAUCGGCCGACCAUGCUGACAUUCAUACUCCUAAAACGAGAGGUGUCGUGGCGUCCGGUAGAGGAGUUGCCCCCGGCCCGUGAGCCGCAUUAUAUUAUCAUCUGAAGACAUUACUGAUGACGGGAGUCUACGGCUUCAAUAACUUCUUCGUCCUUGCACUGUAUUAUGCUCGAACCGCCAUGGCGCUCGAGUGCAUGGUCAUCGACCCGGAGGCAAGGAAGAGGUAUGCCUUGGCUCGCCACGCCAUAGAAGAGGACCCGGUUCAUCAGGGCCGACGGAUGGCCAAUGAACACCUUCGGGGACGGGGUCUGGAUGCCAUCCUCACCAUCUUGUAACAUACCUGCCUUUUCUAGAACAUGAUAGUGUGACUGGUUUUGUAAAGUGUUUUCUGUUGAGAAGUUCAGAACCACAGACAAUGGCUACAUCCCCUGAAACUAGCAACUGAAUCUAUGUAACUGAUUG